UGUGGACAUCACUGCAAGAAAGGCAAAUUUACACAAUGCCGUCAAUAUAUUAUCGCUAACAGUCUGCGUAAACUUUACAUUUUCCAAGCGCGCAUUGCUUUCUGACAGUCCCUAGAAUACGUCAUUUUCUGACGACAAAGUGAAUGAAUUUUGCGACGCCCCCUUGCAGUUGCGCAGAUCGUGUGAGUCCAAUCGGUACUGAGCAAUUUCGUUUCCGGGAUAUUUGGUGAUGUGGCCACGUUCAGAAAUCAGGUCGAAGAUUAAUAACAAAUAAAAAGCAGAACCACGAAUCAGCGGAGAACGCAGAAAGCAGGGCGGCGAUGUUCAGUCGACUAGCCCAGGGGGUGAACUCCGUGCUUCAGGAGCUGUCUGGAGAGGAGCACCCUGAGGGGAUAUCCCAGGAUGGCGUCGUCCCCGAGACCCCCGCUGAAGCCUCCGUGGGAGAGGAGGACACCCUGGAGAGGCUGGCUGAGACGGAGCAGCUUGUGGUUCAGCUGAAGGAGAUGAUCAGAGAGAAGGACAGCCAGCUGGCCAGGGCUGAGAAGCAGCUAAAGGAAGAGAAAGAGGCAAGCGAGGUGCGUUUCACCAAGCUCAAACUGCAGGCCAAGGCUCGCAUGGCUACACUGACCAAACAGAUCGCUGAGCUCAAGGGACAGGAGGCAUCCAGCAGCACCCAGACACCCGAUAACUCUCUCACCCUGGCACCUGGCCUGGAGGAGGAGCUUCAGCAUCUUAAGCUCCGCCUCCAGGAGGAGGAGACUGUGUCAAGGACCUUGCGAGAGCAGCUGGAGGUGUCUGAGCGGUGCCUGAAGGAAAAAGAGGAGAGCCAUGCAGAACAGCUGCGGGUCCUACAGGCGGUGGUGUGUGAGAAGGAUGUGCGCUUUCAGGAGCAGAUUCAGAGACACGAGGAGGAGCUUCUUAAGGCCACAACUCAGGCACAGAGCGAUGCCGAGCUGCUUCAGGCCCUCAGCGCAGCACAGAGACGCAGUGAGGAGCUGGAGGAGACGGUUUGCUCACGCUCUCAGGUCCUGGAGAUGCUGCAGCAGGAGCUGAACAGCGCAGACCAGCAGAAGCAGAUCCUCACAGCGCAGUUCCGGCAGAUGGAGCAGGAGCUGGCGGAGGCAGUGAGGCAGAGGGAGGAAGAGAGGCAGCAGUGGACCCAGGAGGCAGGCAGAGCUGAGGCAGAGCUGGCUGCCCUGAGAGAGAGGCUGGAGGCAGCCGACAGGGAGAAGGAGGGAGUGGUAGGGAGAGAGAGAGAAGCUGAGGCUGCUAUGCAGAACGAGCUGACUCUCCUGAGAGAGAGGCUAGAGGCAGCGGAGAGAGAGAAGGAAGAAGUGAUGGGGAGAGAGAAAGAGGCUGACGUUGCACUGGAGAAGGAGCUGACUAGCCUGAGAGAGAGGCUAGAGGCAGCCGAGAGAGAAAAGGACGAUGUGGUAAAGAGGCUGGAGGCUGAAAAGAGGGAUGAGCUGAGAGAGAAGCUGGAGGCAGCGGAGAGGGAGAAGGAAGAAUUGGUAGGGAGAGAGAGAGAAGCUGAGGCCGCUCUGGAGAAGGAGCUGGCUGCCCUGAGAGAAAGUCUGGAGGCAGCGGAGAGAGAGAAAGAGGAAGCUGUGAAGAGGCUUGAGGCAGAGGCUGGAGAGAGGGAUGAACUGAGAGAGAGGCUGGAGGCGGCAGAGGCAGAGAAGGAGGAAGCGAUGCAGAGGCUGGAGACUGAGGCUGUAGAGAGGGAUGAACUGAGAGAGAGGCUGGAGGCGGCGGAGAGAGAGCGAGAGGAAGGGGCUGAGAGAGAGGCAGAGGUUGUGGCGCGGAUGGAGGUGGAGCUAGCUGCUCUGAGAGGGAGGCUGGAGGCGGGGUCAGAGGGGAGGAGCACGGCGGGCGUGAUGGUGGAGCUGUGGAAGGGCUUACUCGCCCUGGCCAGAGAGGACGAGGAGGCAGGGGCCUGUCUGGAGGAGCCGCCCGUCCCCAGCGACCCCGCCCUGUGCAUGGAGCCGCUGAGAGCCCUCCAGGCCCGGCUGGAGACGCUGAGGGCGGAGCGACGGGAGGGCGAGGAACGCUGUUCCCAGAUCAGCCUCACCAUGGAGGGACUGCAGGGAGAGCUGGAUAAGCGUGCCGCCGAGGGGGAGGAAUCAGCAGCCAGAAUACGACAGCUGGAGCAGCAAAUCAGUGUGUUGCAGGUUGCUGGCACUCCACCGGACGCGCCCGUGGCUGACCCGCCCCCGGGAGAUCCCCUGGCUGCAGAGAGAGAAACAAGGGCAGAUGAUACAAGCGACCAUGCUCAGGCAGAGAAGAACCUGCGAGAGUGUGAUAUGGACAGUAUGCAUCUGUCAGACCAGGCGAAGAUGCUGUCUCUGGAGCAGCAGCUGGUUGAGAAGGAGGAGGAGCUGGCUGCCCUGCGUACUCGUCUUGCAUUGGCCGAAGAGCGCAGCUACGAGAAUGAUCCACCAGAGGGCAGUCCUGAGCUGAGCCAAGAAGCCCCUGCAGCCACGCAAGACAGUGUGUCUGUGUUAAUGGAUCCCCCCGAGGAGACAGCAGAAGAGGAUGUGACUCUGGUGGCUGGGGACAGUUCGGUUCUCUCAGUUGGUGCUGAUCAGGAGAGCAGCCCACUGCAGCCAGCGUCUCCAGAGGAAAGGGAAGCCAAGGGACCUUCCUCUGACGAAAUGGUUACCAGCAGCGACUCUGAGGUCGCCCAGAACAGCUGGACGCUCCUGGAUGCCGUGAAUCAAGACAGCAGUCAGGAGUGGCCCCCCUUGCUGCAGGAUUUCGGCCAGCUGCACCUUCAGGCCUGGGAGGAGGCCGGCGCGGGCACCAUAUCCUCAGUACAGGCGGAGUCGUCCUCGGUCGUCAUCCGCGAGAGCGUCGAGGUGCACAUCACCCAGGAGGGGGCGUCUUUACAUGGCGGCGACUCCACCUCCGGCCAGGCCUUCGCCCAGAUCCUGGCGGAGGAGCUGCAGAGGAGGUACAGCGAGCUGCUGGCUGAGCUGCAGAGCCUGAAGGAAGCGGCUGCCAGCUCUCAGCUGAGGACUGAGAGCCUGGAAGAGGAGGUGCGUGUCCUCACGGUGGCUAAGGAGGAGGCGGACGCUCGGGCGCAGGAGACAGAGGAGGUGCUGAAGGCAGUCAGGUCAGAGCUCAAUGAGGAAGCCCAGCAGAGGAGUUCGGAGAUGGAGAGCCAGAGUAUGAUGGAGAGCAGGGUCUUCGAGGAGCAGCUGGCCAGCCUGAGGACGGAGGCACGAACCAAAGACCAGAAGAUACAAGCCCUGCAGGUGGAUCUGGACAAGGCCCAGUGCUGCCUCUCUGAGCAAGAGGGCCAGGCAAGGAUGCUGAGCGCCAAGCUGGAGGAGAAGGAGCUGGCCUCCAGUGAGCUGGAGCAGAGGCUGAGGGACACUGAGGCUGAACUGCAGGAAAUCUCCCAGGCCGUGGGCACAGCACAGGCGGCCCUGAGCGAGAGGACCACUGAGGUGAAGGAGCUGCAGCUGCGGCUCUCGCAGAAGGAGCAGGAGAUGAUGGAGCUCAGUGAGAGCAUGACUGCUAAGCUGCUUCAGGCUGGAGAGGAGAAGUUCCUGAUCAGCAGCGAGGUCAAGAAACUAAAAGAGCAAAUGGCAGAGCUGGAGGAGGCGUGGAAAGAGGAGCAGAAGGUGAAAAAAGAGAGCCCCACAGAGGACAGUGAGGAGCUUGUGAGCCUGAGGAAGGAUAAAGAGGAGCUGAGCAACCAGGUGGCCACCAUGAAGAAGGAGGGAGAGCAGGUGAAGAGGAAGCUGCAGGCGGCCCUGGUGCAGCGUAAGGAGCUGCUGAGGAAAGUUGGGGAGUUUGAGAAAGAAGCUGAGAGAAGGAAAGAACAAGACAGGGAAACUGAAGAGAAAAGCAGUGUAGAGAUGCCGAAGGAAGAGCGCGAAGGAGAGAAAGAGAGGAUGCAGGAGGAGAUGCUGAGGCUGGAGACUGCUCUGGAGGAAGCCAAGCAGACCUUGAAAGCGAAAGAGGAUGCCCUGGAGGCGCUGGGACAGAAGGUCACUCAGCAGGAUCAGGCUUUGGCUGAGGCACUUUCAGCAAACCGGCAGCUGAAGGAGGAGGCUGACAAUGCCCCGUCUCUGCUCCCGAAUGAGGAAGAGACAAUGAGGCACGAGGAGGAGAAAGCAGGGCUGCUCUCCCAGCUGGCCUCUCUGGAAGCAGAGCGGGAAACCCUGCAGAAGAAACUUCAGGAAGCACUGGAGUCAAGGAGGGACAUCAUCCGCAAGGCCAAGGAGAAGGACCUUCACCUCCGCGAGCAGCUGAAGCAGCAGAAGGAGGAGUAUAACGGCCUGCUGGGCCAAAUUGAGGAGCAGGGCCGUGAGAGGGAGGGGCUACUGACUCGACUGAGAGAGCUGGAGGAACUACAGGCCCAGAAGGAAGAGGUGAGCGUUCAGAGGGAGGCGGCAACAGAGAAGGAAACUGCGUCCAUGGCGGAGAAGCUGGAGGGGCCUGGAGGAGACUGGGGCCAAGAGGACUGGGUGGAUUUCGCCGCCCCUGAGCCAGAGCCAGAGCCACAAGAGCAGGAGCAAGAGACAGCCGUCAGCACCGUGCCGCCCCCGCCUCAACAGUCAGCAGCCGCAACAGAUGAGACCUUCCUUGAAGCCCUGCGACAAGAGGUGAAGGCCGAACAAGAGGCCCGACUGGAGCUUGAGGGAAGGCUGCAGGAGAGCCAGUCCUGUCUGUCACUGAAGGAGGCUGAGCUCCUGGAGCUGAGUAAGGAGCUGCAGGCCCUGAGGGAGAAGGAGAGGCAGAUCGACACCCUCUCGGGGGAGAUGGAGGAUCUGCGGGAGAGGUGGCAGACUGCGGAGGCCCAAGCACAGGCUCUGCAGGCGGAGAUCGAGGCACAGGGGAGCAGCACAGGGCCGGAUUCCCCCAUCGGUCUCCUGCAGGCGGAGGUGGACGAGUUCAAGCAGUUCCUGAACGACAAGAACAAGGAGAUCACGGAGCUCAGCCAGCAGCUGGGCGAGCAGAACUCCCUCAUCCAGGCGAUGCAGGAGACCGUGUCGGAGAAGGACCAGCUGAUCGCCUCCCUGCAGGAGGGCCUGAGGGUGGAGCGAGACAGGAGCCAGAAGCUGGAGGCUGAGAUCCCGCUGCGGCAGGAAGAGGAGAGGGGCGGCGAAGCCAAGCUCCAGCAGCUGCAGCGGAAGCUGCAGGCCGCGCUCAUCUCCCGCAAGGAGGCUCUGAAGGAGAGCAAGACGCUGAAGGAGGAGCUGGGCUCCGUGCAGAAGGUCCAGGCGGAGCUGCAGCAGAGGCUGGAAGCCGGGGAGGCGGAGCUCGAGAAACUGCGAGCGGAGAGGGAGAAGCUGAUCAGCGAGGUGGACCGGGCCCUGCUGGAGAACCAGAGCCUGGGCGCGUCCUGCGAGAGCUUCAAGCUGGCGAUGGAGGGCGUGCUGAAGGAGAAGGAGACGUGCGAGCGGGAGGCUUCGUACGCCAAGGAGCAGGCCGCCCAGGCGUCCCGCGAGUGGGAGGAGAAGGUGCAGGGCAUGAAAGAGGAGUAUGAGACCCUGCUGAGCUCUUACGAGAACGUGAGCGACGAGGCGGAGCGUGUGCGGCGGGUGCUGGAGGCUGCCCGGCAGGAGAGGCAGGAGCUGAUGGCCAGGGCCAGGGCCCACGAGGCUGCCAGGCAGGAGGCGGAGAGGCAGGCCGAGGAGGCACAGAAGGAGGUGCACACCGUUAAGGACAAGAUGCGGAAGUUCGCCAAGACCAAGCAGCAGAAGAUCAUGGAGCUGGAGGAGGAGAACGAGAGGCUGAGGGAGGCCGAGGAGAGGAAGGGAGAAGGAUCCGGGAGGGAGAGCAAGAAGCAGAAAGAAGAGCUGGAAAGGGUGAAGGAGGAGCUUAGGAUGCUGAAGGAAGAUCUGGAAGCUGCAGCAGCUGAAAGGGACUCGCUUGAGCAGGAAGCUGCAGAGCUAAGGGAACAGCUUGCUCAGGAACUGGAGAGAGCAAAAACCCAGGCUGUGGACAGGAGCCCCAGCCCUGUUGCUCUGGUGGAGGAGACUAUUGUUGCCCAGCAGACUAGUGCAGUCUUGGCUGAAACAGACCAGGAAGCAAAUGAGAACAAACCACAGGACUCAGAGCAAUCUGAUCAGGUGCAAGCACUCGAGGAGGCCCCACCUGAACCAGAGGCAGACGCAGCUGAGGAGACACCAGAGGUGGAAACCUCUGAGCCCACGAUGGACCAAACACACGAUAAACUGAGGGAAGCUGAGGCUGCCCUCGAGGCGGAGAGGGAAUCGAGGCGAGAGCGCGAGGCAGAGCUGGCCGCGGAGAUCGCCGCUCUGGAACAGCAGCUGAAGGAGGGGCAGGAGAGGGAAGAAAGCCUGAGGGAGGAGGCGUCUCGCAGGGCGGCGCAGCUGGAGGCGGUGCAGGCCCGUCUGGAGGCAGAGAAGGACGACCUGGAGGAGCGUUUGAUGAACCAGCUGGCCCAGCUCAAUGGCAGCAUCGCCGGCUACCAGCAGGAGGCGGCGGACAGCCGGGACCGCCUGGCGGAGCUGCAGAGGGAGGUGGAGAGCCUGGAGAGGGAGAGGGCCGAGUUUGAGGCUCUGGCCGAGAGCGAGAAGGAGCGGGCGGCCCGGCUAGAGGAGGACAAGCGGCAAGCCCAGAGGGAGAGGGCGGAGGCCGAGGCGGAGGUGGGCAAGCAGAGGGAGCUGGAGCAGAAGCUGAAGUCGGCGCAGAGGGGCAAGGAGGGCAGCCAGAGCCACGCCCGGCAGCUGCAGGAGCUGCUGCGGGAGAAGCAGCUGGAGGUGCGGCAGAUGCAGAGGGACUGCAUCCGCUACCAGGAGCGGAUCAGUGAGCUGGAGAAGGAGGCGAAGGCCCUGCAGCUGGGCGGAGAGGAGGCGCGCUGCGCACUGGAGGCGGCCCGGCUGGAGACCGUGAAGGUUGUGGAGGAGGCGAAGAAGGUGGAGGCGGAGCUGUCUGUUUGUAAAGCGAGGCUGGAGGAAGCGCAGAGGGAGGUGGGGCAGGCGCGGGCGGAGCAGCAGGCCUCCGAGGAGAGGGCCCUGCGGCGGGAGGCGGAGAGCAAGGCGGAGGCUGAGCGGACGCUGGACGAGGUGAGGCUGCGGCUGGGGGCGGAGCUGAAGCAAGUGGAGCUGAGGCUGGAGGAGGCGCACAGGGAGAUCGACCGCGAGGAGGCGCUGACGCGGGAGGCCCAGCAGCUGGCGGACGACAGGGAGAGGGAGGCCCACGAGAUGCAGUGCCGGCUGGACGAGUCCCUGGCGCGGCUGGCCGCCUUCUCGCGCUCCAUGUCCUCCCUGCAGGACGACAGGGACCGGGUGCUGGACGAGGCGCGGCAGUGGGAGAGCCGCUUCCACAGCGCCCUCCAGGGGAAGGAGGCGGACGUGCGGGAGGCUGAGACGCGGGCUCGCGACCUUGCGGAGCAGCUGCAGAAGGAGAUGGCCCAGAAGGAGGAACUGCAGCUCACACUGGAGAGGCUGCAGAAAGCCGAGGAGGCGUGGAAGAGCAAGUGGGAAGAGGAGGAGAGGAGGCACACGGAGAGCCAGGCCGCUCUGGAGAAGGAGAGGGGCCAGCUGAAGGAGGCUCUCGCCCAGGCGGAGAGCUCCCUGGCCCAGGAGCGGUCUCAGCUGGCCUCCCUUGAGGCCGAGGCGGAGGGGCUCCGUCACAGAGCCCAGGCCCUGGAGGAGGCUGUGGGGGAGUUACAGCGCGAGGUGGAGGAGGCCAGGGCGGAGCUCCGGGACAGGGAGGCGGAGGAGAGGAGGCUGGGCCUGAGGCUGGAGCAGCUGGAGACCGACCUGCGCUCCUCCAAGACCCUGACGGAGACGCUGCAGGCGGAGCUCGGGGAGAAGGAGAGGAGAGAGGUGGAGCUGCUCGGGGAGAAGGAGCAGGCCGUGACACAGGCUGCGGAGGAGGCCAGGCGGGAGGCGGACGGGCGGGCGCGGGAGGCGGAGAAAGAGGCGGAGGCGAAGAGGGAGCAGGUGCGGGCCCUGGAGGAGAGGGUGCGCAAGGCGGAGGAGGAGAGCGGUCACAGCAAAGCACGGCUGGAGGCCUUCACCAAGGCCAUGGGCUCCCUGCAGGACGACCGCGACCGCGUGCUCAGCCAGUACAAACAGCUGGAGGAGCGCCACCUGCAGGUGAUGAUGGAGAAGGACGCCCUGAUCCAGGAGGCGGCGGGGGAGAACAACAGCCUGAAGGAGGAGCUGCGGGGCCUGCUGGUGCAGCGGGACGACCUGAACGCCGAGAAGGCCAAGCUGGCGGCCCAGCUGCACGGCUACCGGGACGACCUGACCCAGGUGCUGAGCAUGAAGGACUCCCAGCACAAGCAGCUGCUGGCGGCCCAGCUGCAGCGCAUCUCCGCCCUGGAGAGGGAGAAGGAGCAGAUGGAGGGCGUGAUCCGGGCCCUGGGGGCGGGCGGCCGGGCGGAGGAGGUGGAGAGGGAGGCGCUGAGUCGGGCGGAGGCGGGCGGGGCCGGGGACGGGGGCACCGAGCCGGCCGCGGGGGCGGAGGCGGAGGAGCUGAGGGCGCAGCUGCAGGCAGAGCGGGACCGGGCGGCCUCGCUGGAGGACGCCCUGCGUCUGGAGCGGGAGGGGGAGCAGGCCCGCGUGAAGGAGCUGAAGGAGCUGCGCUGGGAGGGGGGGGUGCUGCGCACCGAGGCGGAGACGGCGGAGGAGAGGGUGGCGGAGCUGGCGCGGGACCUGGUGGAGCUGGAGCAGAAGCUGGUGGCGGAGAGGGAGGAGGCCGCCCAGAUCCACGCCCAGAACAAGUCCUUCGGCCAGGCCAUGGCCUCCCUGCAGGACUCCCGAGACCAGGCCCUCAGCGAGGCCGAGGAGCUGCGCCUCCGGCUCGAGGGGAUGAGCAAGGCUGGCGCGCAGGCCCAGGCGCCCGCGGCGCCCCCUGCUGGCCCCUCCAGUGAAGUGUGGGGACUGAAGAACGCCCUGUCAGCCCUGCAGAACGACAGGGAGAGGCUGCUGGAGCAGCUGCACAUGCAGAGGUCAGAGCUCUCGCGGCUGGGCCAGGGAGGCCAGGAGCUGGCCAGGCUCAUGGCAGAGCUGGAGGAGGAGAGGAGGAGGGGCCUGGAGAGGGAGGAGAGGGCGGAGGCAGAGAGACAGGAGCUGGAGAUUCUCAGGCAGGAGAAGGCAGACUGGCAGGCCCAGGUGGACAUCUUAAAGCAGCAGACCCUGGCCACCCUGUCGGACCGGGACCAGCAGCUCCGUCAGCUCAGCGCCAUGCUGGAGGAGGCCCGGGCCCCCCAGCCCAAAGUUCUGGAGGAGCAGUACCAAAGAGAGGCACCUCUGGGGACAGACCUGUCAGCUGAGCCCCUGGUCCUUCAGGCAGAGAGUAGACAGCUGAGCAGCCAGCUGAAUGACCCUCUGAAGGACCUCCAGCUGAAAGAGCAGCAGAUCUCAGAGCUCAGCAGCAAGCUGUCUCAGGUGUCUGAGGAGAAGCAGUCGCUGGCUGCCCAGCUCAGAGGCAGCUCUCAGAGGCUGGAUGAGGUGCAGAGUCGCUGCACUGCCCUCCAGAGGCAGCUGCAGGAACUGCAGGAUGAUAAAAGCAAGGGAAGCCCUGAGAUGGACAGCGCCCCUGGAGCCCCCCAGGAGCGCAGCACCUCCACAGAGAGCGAGGAGUACAGGGCGGAGGUCAAGGAGCUGCAGCGCAGACUGGAGGAAGAGCACGAACAGAGACAGGCUAUGGAGGAGCAGCUGUAUGCUGCCCAGGAUCGACUCAAACGGUGCACAAUGGGAGAGUGGCAGUCCGGUUCGGAGGGGAGCUUCUCUGAGACGGCGAUCCUCAUCGAGCCACCGGAGGGCGCUGUGACCCGGACCCGUAGCAGCGGGCGGGGCCUGACCCGAAUGCUGCGGGCCACCUUCUGCUCCCGCCAGCGCACCCCCCUGCUGGCGUCGCUGUACCUGCUGACUGUUCACGUCCUGCUGCUCCUGUGCCUGGGAGGGUACCUGUGAGAGCCCGACAGGCGGGCAGACAGACAGGCGCACGUUGAUGACAUCAUGUAAUAUCACUGGGUGGGGGCUUGGAGUGAGCAAUAUUGAAACGUGUUUACAUAGCACCUCUCCGUCCCUAUCAUGGAUCUCAAAGGGCUUUGCGGUGAAGGGGAGGGGGGGAGAGCCCCCCCUGAGUGAUGCACGCCGGCUGUUUAACACCAGCACAUAUCAGCUGGGCUAAGGUCAGCUCCGUGCAAGAUUUGACGCAGUACCGAACAAUGGCAUAUCUUGGUCUGGACGUCACCCACACACUACAAAAUCUACUGCAGUCAUCAAAAGGAUUUCUGUUGGUUUAUGUCCCUUCUGCUAUAUCUGAUGUCUGUUUAGCUUAGGACUGUAGUGACUGAUGGCAGUCGCUUCUACUUUCAAGGGGAAAAACACCAGUGCUCGACCUAAACGCUGACACUUUGUCUACCAGGGAACUUUGGACACAUCAAGAGAGCUAGAUUUCCUGCUUAUGGGGGGAAAUUCCCCGUUCUGACCAUAUAAAGACUUCCUGCUGAGGUAGGGCACCCCCUUAAGGCCCACAGAUGUGUCCAGUAGAGCACAACGGUGGAUUGGGUGGUAUUGUGGGUGCCUUGUGAUUUUGUGAUAUUCUCUGUCUGUCUGAGGGAGGGGUCAAAGGUCAGUAUGUGUGGAUCUGUGCAUCGCCCUCUCUCCCGUCCGUUUCUCACACCUGCGGGGGACAGGUGCCCAGUGGGACGUGGGAAUGGAAUUGUGUGAAUGCUACAGGUGGGGGCAAAAAGGAGCGUUUAACUACAUUCCGGUAGACCUUUAGCUGCUUUACUGUUAAUAUAUAUCAUUCUUUUUUAAAAGUAAAAAAAAAAAACACUCUGUCUUGAGAAUGUGGCUCAGUGACCUGAACGUGGUGUGAACAUGUGCGUAUGUGCAUAUGUGUGUGUGUGUGUUUGCGUAUGUGUGUGUGUAUGGGUGGGUGGUGAGGGGUUACCCGGUAGGUUUUUAUGCUUUUACCCCCAUCGCCGUUGCAAGGUGAGGAUCGGCUCUGAUCGGUCUUCGGUCAUUACAGCGCAGAUUAUUCCCUUUACUUGAGGCUGGGUGCGGUGCUACACCACUACAGUUACCGUAGCACACACUGGCAGAGACCAGCAGUACGACGGUGUCAUUUACAACGGAGUCGUCAAACUCGGCACACGAGUGGGCGUGUCUUUUAUUACUGUUAUUUAUGUAAUUGGCUGAACAGGCGCCUGCAUCCAGGGCGGCUUGCUUAGCUUACCUAUUCCAUUAGUACAGAUGGUGUCUACUGAGGCACCCCCGAAACAUACAGUAGCCCCCCACCGCACCAUCCUGAGCCUGGUACACUGUAAAUUAAUGUUGUGUAGGAGCUGUACAGUUUUUGACUGUGGACAGAAUAGUGAUGGUGAUCAGAGCUACUGCGAUGUUCGGUCUCUUCAAGCACAGUCCAGUAAGGAUUAUUGUGUAUCUCUGUAUGAAUCAGUGUAAAAUAUUAACCAUCUCUCUAUUCUGUCCUCUUGCUGAACUAUUUUUAAAUAAAGUCUACAGUU